AUGCAAAGGAAUAACAAUAACUCUGCUACAUCAAGCGUGCAAUCAGCAUGUGCUGCAUGCAAACAUCAAAGGAAAAAAUGCAACGAGGAGUGCAAACUCGCCGCCUAUUUUCCGGCUGAUAGAAGCCGAGAAUUUCAAGCAGUUCACAGAGUUUUUGGUGUGAGCAACGUCACAAAGAUUGUGCAUAGUGUUGAUGAAGAAGAUAGACCAAAAGUUGUAGAUUCACUAAUCUGGGAAGCCCUUUGGAGGCAAAAGAAUCCGGUUUUAGGCCCCUAUGGAGAGUACAAAAGAAUUUGUGAAGAGCUUAAAUUAUACAAAAGCCAAGCCCUAAUGCAAAACCAGAACCAAAAUCAUCAAUUAAUGGCGGGACAAGGGGGAGUCAUUUUCCGACCCCCUUUAAUCGGAUGGAAUGGAACAAACGGGAUGAGUAAUAAUGGAAUGAGUAUGGAAGAAGUAGUGGUUAACAAUAAUAAUAAUGCGGGGAAUUAUAUUAAUCACGAUGGAAAUUCGAUGAGUGAAUUGGAGAGUAGCUAUGGUUAUCCUUCAGUACAAUUUGUCCAAAAUCCAACGAAAUUAAAGCAAGAAAGAGAGGUUGGUGGUGUUGUCAAUAUUCCGCUACAACAGCAGCCACCACAGCAACAACACUCUAUCACUAGAGGGUUUAACCAGCAAUACUACAUUUCAGGUCCAUUUAGUUAA